CUCGAGGCGAGUCGCGAGGGAUACCAUGAACGUGGCUACGAGCCUGAGCCGCGCGCGGCCAUGCAGAGCGCCAUCCGGUGGACGAGCCGGGCGACGUCGCGCGGACGUGCAUUCGAAAAAUGGCCGACAGCGGGGAUGGUGUGAAUAGUACGUCGUCUGGGAAAGAGCCGAGGGGCUUGCUCGCCGAUGGCCCUGUCACCGAUCCGGCGUCCAGCAUGAAGAGCCUAGAGGCAUCAAAUAAUGCCUUUCACGGCGCGAGAACAAAAUUAGACUCCAAGUCCGGAGCGUUGAAGAAAUCCAGCCGCUACCGAAGCCGUUCCUUGUCAGCCAGUAGCACCGAUAGUUACAGUUCUGCCUCUUAUACAGGAAGCUCGUCCGACGAAGAUGACGUCUCGCCGCGCGAGAAAAUCCAGAAGACGGAUAAAGGCUUCACGGAUUUCUGCGUGCGUAACAUCAAUCAGCAGGCUUUUGGCCGCAGGGAGAUCGAGAUCGCCGAACAGGAGAUGCCGGGCAUCAUGGCGCUGCGAAAACGCGCGGCGGACGACAAGCCGUUGAAAAACGCCAAGAUUGUGGGAUGCACACACAUCAACGCACAAACCGCUGUUCUGAUUGAGACUCUGGUGGAACUAGGCGCGCAAGUGCGAUGGGCGGCGUGCAACAUUUAUUCUACGCAGAACGAAGUGGCCGCGGCGUUGGCGUACGCCGGGUAUCCGGUGUUCGCGUGGCGCGGUGAGACCGAGGAGGAUUUCUGGUGGUGCAUCGACAAGUGCGUUGCAGCCGAGAAUUGGCAGCCUAAUAUGAUACUGGACGACGGCGGUGAUGCCACUCACUUGAUGCUCAAGAAGUACAACGCCAUGUUCAAGAUGAUCCAAGGAAUUGUAGAGGAGAGCGUGACUGGUGUACAUAGAUUAUAUCAAUUGUCGAAAGCAGGGAAAUUGUCUGUUCCCGCGAUGAAUGUGAAUGACAGUGUAACUAAAACGAAAUUCGAUAAUCUUUACAGCUGCCGCGAGAGCAUCAUCGACAGUUUGAAAAGAUCUACUGAUAUCAUGUUCGGUGGGAAGCAAGUUGUAAUAUGCGGUUACGGAGAGGUUGGAAAAGGAUGCUGUCAGGCCCUCAAGGGCUUAGGUUGCAUUGUGUACAUCACCGAAAUCGAUCCUAUAUGCGCUUUGCAGGCCAGCAUGGACGGCUUCAGAGUGAUGAAACUCAAUGAAGUCAUUCGAAAUGUAGACAUUGUUAUUACAGCGACGGGCAAUAAAAAUGUGGUCACGCGCGAGCACAUGGACAAGAUGAAGAACGGAUGCGUCGUGUGCAACAUGGGCCACAGCAACACGGAGAUAGACGUCAACAGUUUACGUACGCCCGAUUUGACUUGGGAGAAAGUGAGAUCGCAAGUGGACCAUGUUAUUUGGCCGGAUGGCAAGCGCAUCAUUUUGCUGGCGGAGGGUCGCUUAGUGAACCUGUCAUGCUCGAGUAUUCCAUCCUUCGUGGUGUCAAUUACUGCCGCUACGCAAGCGUUAGCUCUCAUUGAGCUAUUUAACGCGCCACCGGGACGAUACAAGAGCGACGUUUAUUUGUUGCCGAAGAAAAUGGAUGAAUAUGUCGCAUCGCUGCAUUUACCUACAUUCGACGCGCAUCUGACGGAACUGACGGAUGAACAAGCGAAGUAUAUGGGUCUUAAUAAGGCAGGUCCGUUCAAGCCUAACUACUAUCGCUACUAAAAAACCAUUGGACGAGUAAUGUGGCAUUGACUAGCACGUGCGACACUCACUCAGCAUUACACACCUUCACAAGUGUUUAAAAAAACAACUUUCCUUGACUUUGCGUCGAAGUCGACUUUCUUUUUCACUACUGACGUCUCUUCCGUAAAAUCGAUAAGAGACUUUUAUUUAUGGUACAGCCUUCGUAGAGAGAGAGAUCCACGCGACGUGAUUCCGCUAUUUUAUCGCUAAUCAUCCGCAAGGAAUGCGUUAAUAAUGUUAUAGUGAACACACUGAUUCAGCAGUUACCCAAUAAUCGAUAUUAGAAACCACUACCAGGAUUGGAUCCAUGAAACGCAUUCGAGGAGAUAUAAGUUAUUCUCAGGGUUAGGAAGUAGCGCGUUAUUUGUAACGCCAAUACCGUUACAGUUACUUUUUUCUUAGUAAUGAAUUGGUAGUUACAAUGUUAUAUUUUUCAUUAGUAACGGUAAUGGUAACGUAGUUACAUUUUUUAGGUAAUAUAAUCAUUUUUAUCAUUAUUUUGUACACGUACAUAUGUAUGGAGUGUGCAUAAACUAGUUUUAGAAGAAGGGAGUGUUAUUUUGCAAUUAACCAUAACAGGGUGUUUACUAGCAAGAAAGUCUCUAGAACUUUUGGGGAAUUUCUUUUAUCCUUGAAAAUCAUGAAUUUUUGCGGUUUUUAUUGACUCAAAGAAAUUUUUUAACUUUACUUUUAAAUUUUGAAUUUUAUCUGUUUGAUAAAAUUAUUUAUUUGAUUAUUUUUUUUGAUAAUACAAAAUGGCGACAAUCAAUAUAUAGUAUUAUACUUAUUGUUUCUUGACUGUUGACAUCUAUGUUCACAUACAUUGUCGUGUUAUUCGCGAAUUUUUAUUAAAAAAAUUAAUGACAAUAGAGUAUAAUUCAUCAUUCCAAAUUGUGACUUUAAUCGUGUUUUAAAUUUUGUAUUUCUCAUGAGUUAGAUUUGUAUAAUGAAUAGAUUAUUAGUUAUAUGCUAUUAGUUUAUAUUAUUUCUUUUUAGUACUUUCUUACAUUUAUUACUCAAAAUUUAAUGGGCUUUUUUAUAUUUAAUUAGAAACAUUAAAAAAUUUAAUAAAAUAAAUUUAUUUCGAAACUGCAUUUAAAAAAUUCAAGAAUUCUUAGGAAAUUUUUUAAAAAUUGAAACACUUUGAUAAUUAUUACUUUUUUAUGUACGUAUGUAAUACAUGUGUAUGGAAUGUGCAUAAGCGAGUUUUAAGAGAAGGAAGUGAUCAUGUUGCGUUUAACUAACCACUGUAGCUCUCAUAUUGAAUUAGUCAAGUAGCAUAAAUAAUUAAAUGCCACUUAAAAAAAGGUCAUCAAAAUUCAAUGAAAAAGUAACGAAAAUUGUACACGCAAGAAAAUAUCAAUUCUAGGAAAAAUGAUUACUCAAUUUGAGGUUUUUUCUUUUAAAGAAUUUUCUUGAUAAUAGUUUUGAAAUAUACCCGUUACAAAUUGUAGAAAAACUCAUUAUCAUCUAUUAAAAAAGAAGAAUUUAUAUUCUUUCAAAGAUUAUAAAAUUUUUUUGAAAAAACUUCAGAUUAAUCAAGUUUUUUUGUUUUAAUUUAAUAUUCUUAAUAGAAGUAUUAGAUUAGAUUGAGAAUAUUUUGAAUAAAUUUGAUGCAUGUGAAUUUAUAACAGAUUUGCAUAUGUAUGAACUUAUAUAUAAGUGUAUGAACUUGCAUAUGUAUGAAGUAAUGUUUACUCGAUACAUAUAAUUUACAAUAUCUAUUUUUCUGUGUGACAACUCGGUACUUUUUGAAUAACGAUACGUGUCACUUUUUCCAAUGUGUAACGAGUUACUUUGUAGAAUAAGUAACGAAUAAUGAGUUACUUUGUAAAAGUAACUAAAAACUUUCCUAACCCUGGAUAUUCCGAACAACAUAUCAAAGAUAUUUUUUUCUUUAACACAUAUACCUCUGUUUAAUCCUGGGACACAUAACUGAAUUUAUAUCCAAUUAACUCUUAUAACAGUUUCCUUUUCGAAAAUGCGCGAGUGUAAAACCUGCAUUUCUAAACAAAAAAAGAAAAAGAGAGAAAAGAUAAACUCUCUCCGAAAAGUUGACGGACUGUACACGCCAAUAAACCCACGCGCGAAGAAUCGUCGGUUGAAUAUCGUUGUAGAUAUAAAUGCGAAUCAUGUAUAGUUUGCAAAGCCGAAGCGAUAAUUGAAAUUGUAUCUGUCCAUUAGUUACUACCUGCAGUAAGUUAUAGCUUUAUAGUUUGUAAAUGAUGCAAACGUUUUAAUAUAAUAUCGAGAGAGACUUGUAUACAUAUGUUAUCUGUACAAUUUGCGCAGAGUAUAAAAGAAAGAGUGAAAGCAUUAGAAGGAAGUAAGAGCGAGUAUCGUUUGAUAAUCAUUCAAUGUUUUCUUCUGAAUGAAAAUUUUUCCACAGUUAUAACAUUGCGUUUUUAAAUCUUUCUUUUAACGUUCUGCGUGAAAGUAAGAUACGUAUACAAGUUUGACGAUUUUUUAGCACGUGCAGAUGAUGCAUAUUAGUCAAUGAUAUUGUUGUGUCCUUAUAGUAACGAAAAUUGUACGCGCAAUGCGUUACCCGCUAUGAACGAUGCAUCAUCCGCGACUAUUUAUACACCAGCCGUUUUCCGCAAGAUGCGGGAAUCUGCCGCGUUUCGCAGGCGACUAAUGCAAAACUCGUGUAUAUAAUUAAAGGAGGGAGGACACGCGACACACGAAAUAAGGCGAUAAGCUCUAUCGUGGAUUGCAACCUGUUAAUCUCUGGUUAUCAUUGUUACCCACGUGCAUGGCACGAGGAACGAUUUGCGUAUCCAUACGUUUUAGGAAAAAUAAAUAAAUGCCUAUCACAUUUAGAAUUGA